AAAAAGUGAACAAGUAAAGCCCUCGAAUCCUGUACAAGUCAGUCCGGACGCCGGAGAAGCCACAACGUCGUCCACAAAACCAUCGACGUCGACUGCCGCCGCUGCUACCGCUGCUGCUGCUGCUGCCGGAACAGUAACCGGAUCGGGAGCAGGACCCACUGCUGGCCAUCAAAGGAGCGGCGGACGCAGCGGCCAGCGACGACGCAGUAGCAGCAGUAAUCCACACGCCGGCACAACGAAAGCGACCAGCGGCAGCGGUGGAGCUGGCAGCGCCGGCGGAGGAGGCGGUGGCGGCGGAGGUGGAGGCGGGGUCAAGCAGAGCGUCAGCCGGAAUAGCAACAUUCGGAGCAGCAGCUCCAACAGCACCAUGGCCUCGGCGAAUCACCGCGGCGGCGGCGGACGAGGCGGUGGCGCCGUCGCCGGAGCCGGUGCCGAUGGGAAUGCCAUUGUUGGCCUCCAGAUCGGUUCCGCCUGGUUUCAGCGCAAGAUCAACCUGAGGCCGCAGCACCGUGGCGUCCAUCUCGUCACCGAGGAGAUUCUCCGCCAAAUGCCGGAGCUGGCGCACUUUUCAGUGGGAUUAUGUCAUAUGCAAAUUCUUCACACCUCGGCGAGUUUAGCGUUAAACGAAAGCUGGGAUCCAGACGUCAGAGACGACAUGGAGAUGAUGUUGAAUAAAAUAGUUCCCGAAGGCUUGCCCUACAGGCAUUCGUGCGAAGGACCCGACGAUAUGCCCGCGCACGUCAAGGCCUGCUUCCUGGGCAGCUCACUGACAAUCCCGAUUACCGACGGCAAGCUCUCGCUGGGCACGUGGCAGGGCGUGUGGCUGUGCGAGCACCGCGACCAGGCCGGCUCCCGGAAGCUGGUGAUCACGCUGACGGGCUGUCCGCGAGAGCAGGCUCGCAGCCCGCUGUCCCCCGUCUCGCCGAUCGCCAGCACGUCCAGUUAGGGGCGGCCUCGCUCCACCCGCGACAGCCGGUAAUCGCGGGGGAGCGACAAUAAUGCCAUCAUUUCGUCGAGGCGGCUGAUACUGCAGAAUAAUUUAGCUAGGGCGACGGCCCAGCAGCGGGCGGCGGCGGUGAUUGCCGCCGGGCGGGGGGGAUUGGGCGGCGGAUGCCAGGCAAAGGUGGCGCCGCCUAAUGUCCCCGGCGUCGAGACGAAGACCGCCCGCCUGCUGCUCCGCCAGCAACUGCACCUCAAUCUCAAUUUGAACGUGCAGGAGACGCUGCGCGAUGGCGUCGAUAUCGAUGAUGUGGACGAGGAUGUCGGCGACGAUGAGGAGGAGGCGACGACGACUACGACUUCGGAGCGACUCAGCAUCGUGGCCACCGGUGAUAAUCUACAAACCGUCACAACAGUGCCUCAAACCAAUGAACAACUUAAAGCUAAGGUCACCACCACCACAGCAGCAUCCAGUUCAUCAUCUUCAGCAGCAGCAGCAGCAGGAGGAGCAGCAGCAUCCAGUGCAUUAGCUAAAUUCAACCGCAUCAUAGACUCCACAAUGGAAAGGCCCCAGGCAGCGUCGGCGACGGCAGUUGCCACACUGCCCCAGCUGAGCAGUGCCACACUGCAGCAGCGCUUCAACCUGGCCUAUCCGGAGUUGGUGACCCAACAACAACAACAACAGCAGCAACACCAGCCACACCAACCACAUGAUGCGGGCAAGCAGAACAACAGCAGCCUCAAGGGGAACCAGAGAUUAGAUCGUGGCUCAGGCGCCGUUGCCAGCACUCCAUUAACAUUUCAAGCACACAAAUCUUUAGCAACGGCGAAGGAGAGUGAGAAGGCGACUCGGCGGGAGGAGGAUUACCCACAGGGGCAUCCUCUCGACGAGGCCGCAGGAGAGGAUUACGGCCCGAACGACGAUGAUCAUCCCCACCACGACGAGGAUAAUCAAAUGAAACGAAAUGAUGUGCAUUAUUUGUUGAAACAGUUAAAUAGUUUUAGUGAUAUAGAAGAAAUAGAAAUUGUUGAUAUGAAGCAAAGGGAGCAGCAGCAGCGUCAGUGGCAGCGGCAAGGGCAAGGGUCAGGGCAGCGCCCGGAGCAGCCGCGACCUAUGCCGAUGGCCUCCAGCUCGCUGGUGACCAUGGUGCUGCCCAACUCGCCCACGCCCGCGUCACCCUCCACGCAGUCGCACAAGCUGGGCGUGAGCUCGCUGCUCCUGCCGCAGCACCAGCCCCAGUUCGACGACUACCUGUUCGAGUCCUGCCACUACUUGGAGACAAACUACUUUGCCGCCACCUAUCGCACUGCCAUGGUCGAGAGCAGCUCCCACGAGUUCCGGCCCUCGACCAACAGCAGCUCGAACAGCUUCGAGCUGCACGAAAUGGAGCCACCCAGUGUCAUCUGCAAGGCGGCGCCGCCACCACCACCUCCGUCAGCUCCGCCCGAGUACCGUCAGUUGGAGACGCGCCUGACCACCAGCGGAGUGCAGACGGAGCUCACGGCCGAGUCGCUGGCCAAGCUGAGCAACAGCACUAGCUCCUCGUCGACGAGAGCGCCCCCGUUCUUCCGGUGCUGUUACACGCCCAUCGAUCGAUGGCGGGAGAAGCGUCAGCAGAAGAGCUCCUCCACUCCCGGUCCCGGGUCCGGUUGCGGAUCUAGCUCGGCGCCGCCGAAGAACGUCUGACACUGGGUGUGGGCUGCCACUCGGAGAUCCAACAUGUGCCUGGCUAACCUAUAUCAGAGAUGCAAGCAGAUUGGGGAUUUCUUUGGAUAUUUUUCGAAGCUAAAAGAGCGAAAGCAAGUUCUUAGCAUUUUUUUCCACUUAAAUUUCACCUUAAAACCAUGUUUUUGGCUAGUUUCUUUCACAUUCCUAAAGUUUAGAAUUUAUAUAUUGGAAAAUAUUGGAGGAAAUCCGGACAGUUUGCUGCAUCCCUGCUACCUAGGACGCUGUUCUCAUUUGCGAUAUCAACAAGAGAUUCCAUUUCGAAAGACAGUCGACACACGACACUCGUAUCGCGUACCCUAAUCAUUCGAUGGAAAGUUCAUUACUGUACAAUUUAUAUAUGCUAAAACAUAAAGAUUAACAAAUAUUAGUAAACAAAUUUUUUAUAAAAACACCAACACGAACACACAACAUUCGCACAUCUUUGCAAUACACCAAAAAAAAAAGAAAAGAAUUGGAAACUUUGUAUAAAAACUUGAGAUCUGUUCGCUGAUGAAUUGCUUUCCAGAAUGUAUGUUUCAGUGAUUCAGCAUUGAUUUUGAAACAAUGAUCAUAGAUACUCUGGUGGGCAUUUGCCAUUGCUGAACUCAACUUGGGCCUAAUGUAUCCGAAGAUGUUUCGACAGAAUAUUGUUAAAGAAUAAAACCUAAAGAAAAUGUAGACAGAAGUGGGCAGAAGACGAGAGCUUGUAUAGUAAGUUGAUAACUAAAAUAAUUAAAAAAUCAUGUUGAUGAUAUCAAGUCACAUAGAUGAAGAGACGCGCACGCCAGCACUUUUGUUCAAAAACCUAGAUUCCUCCUCCUCCGCUUCCACCAAGUCCCCAGUACCAGGUCCCAGUCCAAGCUCGAAAUCCUUCGAAGUUAUCAGCGUGCGCGUUGGUUUGUUAGACCCUUAAAAGAAAAUUAACCAAAAAGGACUAAAGCAAUUGUUACAUCAAUUAGAACACUGUUUUUGUUGAAUUAUCAUUUAAGCAAUCCAAGUUUAAAGUCGAAAAGAUGCAUAUUCAGUUUCGAAAUUUUAAGAUUUUAAGGAAUUGUUGUUAGAGCACAAGGAGAACCUGCUAUACAAGCAAAGAAAAUUACAAAUUACGAUUCAACUCUUAACCAACCAAGAGCAAUAUUAGUUAUAAAUCAGUUUCGAUUUGUCAAUUUUGUUGAAAACAUAUACGCAAAUAAAACUAAAAAUCAAAUAUA